CCGCGACUGCACUGCGAGACGCGAGAAAAAAAUUGUUUUCGUAAAUAGCUGAGGCGCAGCAGAUCAGUGUUUCAAAAUAUUAAUUUAUAAUUUAAUUCGCGUUUCUGCGGGUGAGUCAGCUGCUAAUUUAGAAUUAUAGGUGUAUGAAGUAAAACGCAACGCAUACUAAAGUUGGAUGCAAAAGUUUGGGUGCUGUGGGGGAGUUUUGCAUUUUUUGUGGCAAGCAGAAUCUGAGGAGCAGAGGUACCGGAGGAUACUACGGGAGGUAGAGGUUUCCCUUCCCUGAUAUCAUUUCUUGUAGAAUAGCAGAUUAUGGUCAGUCUGAUCAGAAAUUUCGGCUCAAACGCGGGAGGUCGAUUCUUCGAAGAAGCCAGGAUGGACGAUAGUAACACGAUGCUGGAUCCGAUACUGGCCACCGAGGAUGAUGACGGAUUCCGUCCGCUGCGUACCGUGCCGGCUUUCAGCUUCCAUCUGCUUAUCUCGAGCUGCAUUUCGCUGACGGGAAUUAUCCUGGCUGCUACCUGGGAGGAUAACCAACGCUGUGAAGCAUAUUUCAUAAUGCUGUAUCUGAGAGCCGCCUUCUGGUUGAUAACCUACGUCUUCGAUCGCUUUGUCAAACAUCGCCACGAGAAGUUACGCCUCGAUGGGUAUCAUGAUUUUCACCGGUCCACCAGCCGGCAUCGGUCAGUUCCGCUGCAAAUCGUAUCGUUGUGGAACACUUUCCUGCUGGCGAUCCAGACGUUGAUUCAGCACUACUAUGGGGACAGUUUUGCCGAGAAGUGUGUCAUUGUGGGUCUGCUGUCGCCGAUCGUCUACAUUACGCUGUUUUGUUCGCUCGAAACGGUGGUUUUGGGAUUUGUACAUGGAUUUUAUAUUGCCAAAGUGGUUCGGUUCAACCGAAUGGCACCGCCGCCGGAUGCGCUGCAGGGAUCGAGCAGUCACAUCGGUGGUUCGCUGGGACUAACCCAGCGUGGACUGAGCACCGCCGAGCUACUAGAAAAGCAAGCAGACCUGAUCAACUAUUUGAAGGACCACAACCUUCAGCUGAACCAGAAAAUCAUGCAAAUGAACGCCCAGGUUCGAACGGUGUCGUACCCGGGUUGACUGCACUUGUUUCAACGAAUGGGGCAUUAGAUGAUAAGAAAGGUAAGAUCGAUUUUACUAUUGAGCUUUUCCACACAAAGAAGAAAUUUUUUAACAGCUCCCGCGGAUUUAUUGUCUGGAUUUGGGAGUUGGGAGUAAUUAGUAAAGAACUAAUUGGACUGAUUGUUUUUGUUAAGGUUGUAGUUAGUUAAGGUCCGUAGUGUGUACCAAAUUUUUGGAGAAGCUGUGUGAUGUUUAAGAUAAUAAUGGAGGUCAAAACUGAAGACCUCAGGAUGGUGUCAUUUCUGUUUCGAAAAGCUUCGAUAACAUUUUAAUUACUUCAUUACAAAAAAAAGGAUGUUUUGUUUUCGAACAAUAAAAUGUAGAAUUCGUUUUGU